CUUCUUAAAUUCAAGCCGUGUGUCCUGCUUCAACGUCCCCUGCAUGACCCCGCCCAUCCGCCGCCGCCGCCUCAGCCUGGUCAGGUGUUCCUCUCAGAGACACAAACUUGGCUUUUACAAACAAACUGAUUUGAUUUUCUGAGCGGACAAACAAACAGACACACGCCGGGCCAUGCUGAGAAGAAUACUUCAAAUGACUCCUGGGAAGGGAGGCUCCCAGAACGCCGAGUCAGAGCAGCCGAGCACAGACCUGAACCAUGACCAGACAUCGGAGGGCUUCAUCUGCCCUCAGUGUAUGAAGUCUCACAACUCUGCAGAGGAGCUCUUCAAGCACUAUGAGCUGUUCCAUGACACCGGCGACCUGCCCGCUCAUGUGGCCCCGACUCGGGAAGACCUUACAAUGCUGCGGCAAGAGGUUCAGGACCUGCACGCUUCUCUCAAGGAAGAAAGAUGGUUUUCUGGAGAGCUGAAGAAGGAGCUAGACAAAGUUCAGGGACACCUGAAGCAAAAUGACGGGCAGACGGUCUCAGACGAUUCAGUCCUUGAAAGGAAGUUAAAUGAUGCGGAGACAGAAAAGUUCAACAUCAAGCAGAUGAAAGAUCUGUAUGAACAGAAGGCUGCCCAGCUGGCCACAGAGAUAGUAGAUUUAAAGUCCCGCUACGAUGAGGAGAAAAGUCUGAGGGAGGCCGCUGACCAGAGGCUGGCCAAACUGACCGAGCAGCUCCAGAAAGAGAAGCAGGAGAACGAGAGACUCCAAACAGAACUGCUGCAGCGGCCGGGAGUGGAGGACGUGGAGGUGCUGCAGAAGGAGCUGGUGCAGGUCCAGACCCUGAUGGACAGUAUGACCCGUGAACGGGAGGACGAGUCAGAAAACCUCAAGAGACACUACGAGCAGCUGCAGGCUAAUUACACUACCUCAGAGAUACGUAAACUGGAGAUGACCAUAUCCCAACUAAAAGCCGAGCUGGAGAAGGGUCCGCAGGAAGCAGCCGUCUACACUCAACAGAUCCACCAGCUGCAGAGCAAUCUGAACAAUCUGCAGCAGCAAAGCCAGAGUCUUUCUGAGAAGCUCGCACGUAAGGAGAAAGAGCAUCAGGAACUAGGGGAGCGUCUGGGAGCCGAGAAAGCCGCUAAGAAGGGAGCUCAGGGCAGCCUGAGGGAGAGGGAGCUGGAGGUUCAAGAGCUCCAGGCUCGAGCCUCAGGGGCCGAGGCGUCCCUGCAGAAGGCCCAGGCGGAGCUGAGGGAGAGGGCCGAGGAGGCGGCCAAGUUGAAGAGUGAGAUCACGGAGCUGGAGGUGAAGCACGCAGAGCUGAAGGUGGAGAGAAAACAGUUGGAACAGCAGAGAGAAGAGAAGGAGAGCCAAGGUGCUCAGCAGCAGACUGAGAUUGGACAGCUGCACGCUAAGCUGCUGGAGGCUGAGAGGCAGCUGGGUGAGGUGCAGGGUCGACUUAAAGAACAGAGGCAGCUGUCCGGGGAGAAAUUAAAGGAUCGGGAGCAGCAAGCAGCUGACCUGCAGCUCAAACUGUCCCGAGCAGAGGAACAGAUGAAGGAGGGCGUCAGUAAAAACACAGACCUGCAGCACCAGCUAGAGAAAUCCAAGCAGCAGCACCAGGAGCUGCAGGCGCUGCAGCAAAACACCAACGGCAAACUCAGAGAGGCACAGAACGACCUGGAGCAGGUGCUGCGUCAGAUCGGAGACAAGGACCAGAAGAUUCAGAAUCUGGAGGCUCUGCUACAAAAGAGUAAGGACAUCGUGAGCCAGCUGGAAACGGAGAGAGACGACCUGUGUGCCAAGAUCCAGGCCGGGGAGGGAGAGACGGCCGUGCUCAACCAGCUGAAAGAGAAGAACCAUGCACUGCAAGAACAGGUGACACAUUUGACGGACAAGCUGAAGAACCAGUCGGAGAGCAACAAGCAGGCCCAGGAUAACCUCCACGAGCAGGUCCAGGAACAGAAGACCCUGGUGCGUUCCGCUCAGGACCGAGCUACAACCCUGGAGACGUCGGUCACCGAGCUCACCACCCAGCUGGCCGACAGCAAGGAGAAAGUAGCCCAGCUGGAUGCUCAGCUGAAGGCAAAGACAGAGAUGCUGCUGUCUGCAGAGGCAGCCAAAGCUGCACAGAAGGCUAACCUGGAGAACAACCUGGAGACAGCUCAGCAUGCCUUACAGGACAAGCAGCAGGAGCUGAAUAAAGCACAGAAAAAGGUGGAGGAGCACGUCCAGAGGCUCAAGGAGAGACAGGAGCAGUGCACACAGCUGGAGACGAGUGUGAAGGAGUGCAAAGACAAACUGAUGGCUUCAGAGCAGAGAAUAGAGCAGCUGGAGGGGCUCAAUAAGAAACUGGAGUCACAGGUUGGGGAGCUGCAGGCCACAAGGGAUCAGGUGCAGAAGGAAAUGCAGAAGCUCCAGAAAGAGGGGUCGGAGGUCAAACGGAAAGCCAAGGAGCUGCAGCGCUCUCUGGAAACGGAGAAAGCAGGGGCUGCAACAAUACAAGAGGAGCUAAAGGCAAAAGCAGCAGCUCUGGGUGACAUUCAGCAGCAGCUGGAGCACGGUGAGCAAGAAAAAGCUGCUCUGAAGGUGAAUCUCGACAAGGUGACCGAGGAGGGGAAGACGAAGCAUGCAGAGCUGGAGAGAAGAGCUCAGAGUCUGAAGGCGGACCUAGAGAAAGCACAGCAGGAGAAAGAGGCUCAGAGGAAGGAGCUCGCCUCGACGCAGGAGAGUCUAGCAAAGGCUAACAAGGCGCUGAAAGAGAGUCAGAGUCAAGUGGACGCAGAGAGGAAGAAGCAUAAGUCAGCCAUGGGAGAAAAGGAAAAGUCCAACGAAAAGGCCCUGCAGGAGCUUCUGAAGAGCCGUGAGACCAUCACCAAGGCCAUGACAGAAUCCAAAGAGCAGUUGGAGCAGAUGAAAGAGGCAGAGAAACAGUUGAAAGUGCAUCUGACCACAGUGGAGCAGCGGCACUCAAAGACUCAGGAGGCGCUGAAGGAGAAAGAGAACGAGACGGAGACGCUGCGGGCACAACUGAAGACGACCCAGGGGUCCUUUGAGGAGGAGGUGAAGAAACUGAAGAGCAAAGUGGCAGAGUUAAAGGACGUUAAUGUCAAGAAGGCAGAAGAGGAGGGUAAGCUGAAGGAGCAGGUGUCACAAAGCCAGGAAAGCCUCGCUAAGCUUCAGUCCGACUUCUACGGCAAGGAGUCUGAAGUGUCCGCUCUGCGUCAAGACCUGAAGGCUUCAGUGGAGAAGCUGAAGGUGGCUCAGGAGGAGCUGGCCGCUAACCGGACUCAUCAGACCGGUUUGGAGGCUCAGAUCCAGGAGCUUCAGACCGGCCGGGGAUCGUUGGAGCAGGAGCUGGCUAAACGGGAGCAGAAGCUUCAGCAGCAGGAACAAACGCUAGAGGAACUACAGAAGCAACAGGGUCAAGUUAAGGAGGCACUGGAGAAGGAGAAGAGUCAAGUGGAGGAGAUGAACAAAGCCAAGAGUGCCCUGGAAAAGAAUAACAGCAGGCUGAUGUCUGAACUAAAAGCACUGACGGAGAAGAGCGAGAAGGAGCUGGGCGAGCUGCAGGAAGCCAAACAGCUGCUGAUCCAGCAGAAGCUGGAGCUGCAGAGUCAGGUGGAGGCAGCACAGAAGAGCGCGGAGCAGGAGAAGAAAGAGCACCAGGCCACCAGGGACAGCAGGAGCCAGAGAGAGGAGCAGCUCAGUGCCAAAACAAAGCAGUUGGAGGAUCAGCUGUUUGCAGAGAAGCGGGUCAGAGAGGAGCAGGUGAAGCGCGGGGAGGAGGCCGAGGCUAAGAUGGGUGUGCAGGUGACGGCUCUGAACGAAAACGUGGCCACGCUGAAGAGGGAGUGGCAGGGCAGCCAGCGGAGAGUGGGCGAGCUGGAGAAGCAGACGGACGAGCUCAGGGGAGAGAUCGCCGUGCUGGAGGCCACCGUGCAGAACAACCAGGACGAGAGGCGGGCCCUGCUGGAAAGGUGUGUCAAAGGUGAAGGGGAGAUAGAGAAACUGCAGGCCAAGGUGGUGGAGAUGAGGAGGAAGGUGGACGACACGACGGCGGCCAUGCAGGAGCUGGGCAGAGAGAACCAGUCGCUACAGAUCAAGCAGUCCCAGUCCCUGACCAGGAAGUGGGCGGAGGAUCAUGAGGUGCAGAACUGCAUGGCCUGUGGGAAAGGCUUCUCUGUCACAGUCAGGAAGCACCACUGCAGACAUUGUGGAAACAUUUUCUGUGCUGAAUGUUCAUCAAGGAACGCCCUCACGCCGUCCUCUAAAAAGCCCGUGCGUGUUUGUGAGACCUGCUUCGACGACCUCCAAGGCUGAAGUCCAUCUCUCAUCCCUUGACCCCCCCUCCUUUUCCCCCUCCUCUUCCUCCUCCAGCAGGCAGAAGAAGGCGUGUCUUUGUCAUACUUAAAUGUGCACUAUAAAAGGACAGACCCAUUCUAAAGACUCCUGCCUGUAUGGACCUCCUGGUUCUGGUUCUGGUGUGGAGGGAAUCAACUGGUUUUAAUGGAGAUACGCCGGAGCUGUGUGGUGGGUUGGUUGGGAUUUGUCUGUAUCUGUUUUUGUGCCUUUGCUACUCCUGUGGACUGUCAGAGGGGAGGAGUCAGUGAGAACUAAACACCACCCAUCUUUUUCUUUUCUUUUUUUAAGUUCACAUUCACAUCUCCAUUCUUGCUUUGGCUUCAUUACUGAGGUGUUGUCGAUUGUAAAUAUUUGUCAUCAGUUUGAGAGAAAGCGUAAGGUCACAGCGAGAGUGAAUAUUGUGAAAAAGAGUGAUGAUUAAAAUCACUGCUGCCCUACAAAGGUACACGCAGGUAACUUCGAUCCAAAACAACAACAACAAAGUGAAACUACUCAAAUUCAGAUUUCUCUUUUUUUUUUAAGCAAAGGAAGUUUAAACGUAAAGAAAUCAGUGAGUGCAAAAGAUAUUUUUGGAUAUUUUUUUCAGAUACCGCGCUUCAAUGUGUGCAGAAUAGAUAUGUAAAUAGAAAUGUGAUUUGGAAGAGCCUUACUCAGCAUGAGCUUCAGGAACUCAUUAUGUGUGUGUUAGCUGAAAAACAUGCUGCCAACAGGAAACAGCUUCUCAACUGGAGGACCCACCACCAACUCAUUCAUGAAAACCAUGACCCCAAAUUCCUGAUAUUAUUUUCAACCAAUCAGGUUUAUUGAAUGAAAAAUAGUGCAGUUUGGAAGGAAUAAAAACCAACAUGUUUUUAGAGCGCUUCAUAAACUUUUAGACUUUUUUUUUUUCCCAGUCACAUUUUUUGCGACCCACUUUUUGGCUCCCGACCCACCAGUUGAGAACCACUGAUUUAAAGAAUAAGCGUUGUGUUCUGUAGAUUCUCACUCCUUUUUGUUAACACUGUGUUUGAAGUUAAUGACCCUCACUCAGAUUUUAAGAUAAAAAAAAAAGUUUUUUGGACACUUGAUCUUCAACUAAAAAAAAAAAAAUUCUUUUAUCGAAUU